UUUAAAAAAGAAGACAUAAACAUACUAAAACAGAGUAUAAGGGACUUCCGUGAAUACCAAAAAGUAAAAGACGAUGAAUAUUAUGAUCAAGAAUUCGAAUUUGAUACUGUGGAAGAUGAAAUCGAAGAAAAAAUCGAAGAUUUAGGAAGUCCUGUGUAUGAAAAAAAAGAAUUUUUUUAAAUAUAAAAAGGUAAAUAAAUAAUCAUUAAAGCAAGACCGAUUUCAGCUGUGGAAAGAAUAGGCAAUAAUUAAAGAUAUAAAAAUAAAAAUGAAUAUGAUUUCGAAAAAAGAAGCCUUUAGAUUAAUGAAAUUACUAAAGUAUUAAAUUCUAAUCCAUUUGAAGGUUUAGGAAAAAAAAAAGAAGAUUAAAGUUAAAAAUAUCAUAAUAAUAUAGAGAAUUAAAUAAAAAAUAUUGAAAAUUAAUAAUAUAGUGAAUAAAAUCUUAAUGAUUAAUAAAAGAAUAUGUAAAAAUAUGAAAAUAAUACAGAAAAUUAAAUAAAAAAUAUAGAAAAGUAUGAAAAAAACAUUGAAAAUGAUUAAAAAAAUAUUGAAAAUUAAUAAAAAUAUAUCGAAAAUUAAUAAAGAAAUGAUAAAAAAAGAGAAAAUUAAUAAAAAAAAGAUAAAAAAAAAGACAUUAUAAUAAAAAGCAACUAAAAAAAUAUAGAAAAUAAUUAAAAUUAUAAAAAAAAUGAAGGCUUAAAUUAAUUAUUUAAUAGAAUUUAGAAAUUAAAUGAAAAAUAAAUAAAUGAAUUAGAAAAUUUAAUGGAUAAAAUCGAAUAAGGUAAAAUAAAUUUCGAGGCUUUACUUAAUUUAGAGUUUUUAGUAAAAAAUAAUGAACUUUAGAAUUUAAGUUAAUAAAUUCAAAAGGAGCUUUCUUCCAAUACAAACUAAUUAAAUAUUAUGUUAUAAUAAAAUCAACUUGAAGAAGUAGAAAAUAUUUAAUUUAAAAAUCUAAAAGAUACUUUAUAAAUGAAUAAUAAAGAACAUUUAUUAGAAAAAAAUAAACAAUUAAAUCAAGAAUAUAAUAAAUAAUUAUAUAAAGAUUAAAAUUAAUAAAUGUAGGAAGUUUAAAAUAAUUAACUAUAAGAUGUUUAAAAAGAAUAAUUAUAAGAAGAUAUAAAUGAACAUUUUUAAGACAAAAAUGAAGAGGAUGAUAUUUAACUGAAAAAUAAACCAAAGAAUAUUAUUAUUAAAAAAGGAUAAAAAUAAGUAUUAAAGAAGAAAAAAACAACCUUUAAAAGUUUUUAAUCCCAUGAUUCUUUAUCUAAAAAUAAUAAUAAUUAAAUGUCAUCAAUAGAAAGUGAAUCUAUGAAUUUAUAUUUACCUUAAAUAAAAGAGGAAUUUUAAGAGAAAAAAUAAGAAAAUUCUGAGAAAAAGAAGAUCAUUUAAUAAUAAUUUGAAAAAAAAGAAUUCAAAAAAGAACCUUAAAAAAAUAUUUGGAAUUCUAAAAAAGAAAUAAUUAAAAAGAAAUUUCUUUUGAUAAAAAAAACGACGAAAAAAAAACAUAAGAAAAUAUACAAAAACAAGUUUAAAAAAUAUCAUAAAAAUAAGAAGAAAAACCAUCAAAAAUAUAUGAAAAUCCACCAAAAAUACAUGAAAAAAAAGAAGAAAAUCCUUAAAAAAAACAAGAAAAUUUGUCAAAAAAAGAUGAUAAAUCAUUUAAAAUUUAAGAAAAAAUUUAAAAAAUUUAAUAAAAAUAGGAAGAAAAUCCUCAAAAAAUAUCUGAAAUUUCAUAAAAACAAAAACAGUAAAUUUAAUAAAAACACUAAGAAAAUUCUUAAAAAAUAUCAGAAAUUUCAUAAAAACAAGACGAUAAUCUUCAAAAAGUACUACAAAAGUAGCUCACUUCUUAAUAGCAAACAUCACCUAAAGAAGAAAUAAACUCCUAAAACCUCUUUGACUCUUUAAAAUUAUUCAAUAUGACCAGUGAAGGACGUUUUAAGUCAAUUGAACGUGAAAAAAUACUCUAAAAUGCCGCUUAGGAUUUACAAAAAGACUUAUAGGAAAAAUUAAAAUAAGUAAAUGAGUUAAUAAACGUCCACGAAAAAAAGCUACUGGGCGGAAAUACAAACAUAACUAAAAUACAAGAAUAAGAACUUGAAAAAGAAGACGAAU